GCAGCAACAAUAAGCUAAACAUCACGUCAUUUUCUUCAUUUGUGUAUAAAAACCAUAUAAUAGGUGUACAUUGCUAUGUAAAUAUACCUUACUCGUUAAGGUAACGUACCUAUCUUAAGACUCUAGUUUUACAGAUUACGAUCGCUUUUUUAAACAAAAUAUUUAUAUUUAUUAUCGUAUUAUUUAAAUUUAAGACGAUAUUUAGUACGUUUUGAUACUUGACUACUUCAGGAAGGCGUUAUUUAUGUUCUAACGAACAGUUACUGAAGGUUUUUCUAAAUGGCACCAUUUGAUUUUAACAAUUCAGUUAAUGGUAAUUUGAAUGAACAAAUCUUACGAUCAAGAAAUGUAAAGAGGCUGUAAUGUAUUAAAUCUCUCUUAAUUGACUGUUCAAUGGCUAUGAUCAAUUUCGUAUGUCACAAUAAUUACACAACAAUUGGCCAAAGGAACUUUUUACCCGAUCGUAUUUUCAUAAUUUCGAUAAUUCAUGUUCACUCGUAUCACGAGAUUAAAAGAAAUUAUUUUCAUUAUCAUGCACAGUAAUGUUUAGAUUAUAACACAUUUUAUAAUAUAGUUUCAUUUCUUUCUAUUUCCAUAAAUAACAUAUGUAACAUUCUUUUAUAUCCAUCUACUACAUUGUAAUUGAUCAUACAGGAAGGAGGAAAAAAAAACAAUGCAAAAAUCACACUCACACAAUUUCUUUGUUAUUACAAUACAAUGUCGUAAUAUGCAUUGAAACAAACUUUUUCUACUUUAUAAGACGCAAUCAUUAAUUUUCAAACGAAAAUAAUUGUGGGACUGGUAUAGUAUUGAUAAUCGUUAGUUUUUAUAUACUUAUCCAACACGCAGCGAGAGUAAUAUAACUGAUUGUUAGAUAAUUUUUGAACAUUAUUGUGAAAUACGUAUUUUUCUUGCAAAUAAAGACUCCAAGUAUCGAUAUAAUUUUCUAACUCUAAAUAUGAAUGAAAUGUUUAUCUGUUUCAAAUGUUCGCGGUAGGUGGAAAGGGUAAGGCGGUUCAUACGCAUGCGUCAGUUGCGAAGUCACUAAACCUCAUCAGUAACAGUAUUCAAUGGAACCUCGACUGAUGCAGUCGCUCGCGUCAAAUUGUUUAUUUAUCCGUCGUGUUUUCGCGAGUACGUCGUCAAUAAAUUUUAAUCAGUAGUGUCAUUCGUGGAUUCAUCAUACACGGAAAUAAAUUUAAACCUCUAUUGUUCGAUUUAAAUUAAAAUUAUCUGUGUUCAACCCUUGUGCCAAACUUCCAUGUUUUUUUUUUUCGAAAGAUUGUUUAGAAUUCGUCGUAUCAUCGAUACGUAACAUAAGUGCAUACGCAUACAUGCACACAUAGUGCACGGUAAUCGUGAAACAUUAGAGAAUCGAUAGGAAAAACAAAAUUGUGAUGUGUGAUAAUACCGACUGACAUUUUAAUUACUCCUUCGCGACCGCGUGGAAUAUUCAAGAACGCCAGCGUGUGUAUUUGACGUUUACGAGUGAUGCUGGUUGUUUGGCAAAGAGCUCGCCGUUGCCUGAGUUGCAGCGGGCAACGCACCAACCAAGGCUACCAACCGCGCCGCCAUCAUGGAUCAUUCGAUGAUAGACUCAAACGAUAUCAACUCGUAGGAAACGGGGAAGAUGCGGCCUUGCAGUUGGAGCUGAAACGGUCUCGCAGGCUGCGAAGAACAGCAGGUCUGCUACCUCAAAAGAUCACCAAAAAGUAAGGAAACCUCGAGUAUCGUCUCGCGUCUCGUCCUUUCCAUGUUGCUAGCGAACCAAAAAGUACGAAAAUAGGAAAAAUAAAAAGCUAAUAGACAAAACAGAAAUACACGAAAAGCAGGCAGGCCGAGGAAAAAGAACGAUCGAAUAUACAUAUAAAGUGAGAAUCUAAGCGCGGGAGAGGGGGAGAGAGAGAGUGAGAGAGAGAGAGGAAGGACGAAAGAUAAAAGAAAUCGAUAAUCGUGUCGAUCGAUCAAGAGCUGGAAAAUAAAUCAUAAGAAGGAAGAAUCGCACGAAAGUAUCUUUGAAGUAUCGCGCGAAAAGAGCGCAGAGACACGCCGUGGCCUCUUUCUUUCGAGAACACGAACUAAAAGGGAAAAUAGGAAAACCGUGGUUUUAUUUCUUUUCGACAGAAAUAAACAUUUAAAUUAAACGAUAAAGGCGGAGAGGGCCAGUCGAGCGCGUAUCGUUGCGCGCACCUCUGAGUAAAAAAGAGAACGAAGGUAAAAAAAAAAACGCAAACGGGCGAUCGUGCGUCGAGCGGAGAUCGCUAAUUGCGAGAAAAUGGCCCCGAGCUCCACGGCCUCUGCCUCGAUGAAUUGCCUGCUGUAUGCUGCGUCGUUCCUCGCGUUCCUCGUCGUUCUUCAAAGUUGCGCUAGCGCGGACAAACCGCCUCCCUGCGAGAGCGACAUUUACUGCCACGGCGACCUCCUGCACACGAUACAGAUGGCGUCGAUCUACAAGGACUCGAAGACCUUCGUGGAUAUGAAGAUGAAGUACUCGCCCAACCAAACCCUGGCGUUGUUCCGCGACUUCAUGGAGAAGACGGAUCAACUACCCACCAGGCAACAGAUCGAGCAAUUCGUGAACAAGACCUUCGAUCCCGAAGGAUCGGAGUUCGAGGAGUGGGACCCCGCGGAUUGGACCACCCACCCUAAAUUCCUCAGCAAGAUAUCGGAUGAAAAUCUGCGGAAGUUCGCUUUCGAUUUGAACCAUAUCUGGAAGAUGCUCGGUAGAAAGAUGAAGGACGACGUGAGAAUCAACGAGGAGCAAUACUCCAUCAUCUACGUGCCCCAUCCCGUGAUCGUUCCCGGCGGUCGUUUUCGUGAAUUUUAUUACUGGGACUCGUACUGGAUCAUCAAAGGACUCCUUCUAUCGGAGAUGUACACCACUGUGAAGGGGAUGUUGACCAAUUUCGUCACGCUGGUGGAUAAAAUCGGCUUGAUACCAAACGGAGGACGUAUUUACUACACGAUGAGAUCCCAUCCACCGUUGUUGAUCCCCAUGGUCGACGAGUACCUGAAGACCACUCGCGACUACAAGUGGCUGGAAGACAACUUCCACCUCCUGGAGAAGGAGUUCGACUUCUGGAUGACCAAUCGAACGGUCGAGGUCGAGAUGGAUGGGACCAAGUACACCCUGGCUAGGUACUACGAGGAGUCCUCUGGACCGCGACCUGAGUCCUACAAAGAGGAUUAUCUGACGAGUCAAAGCUUUCGCACCAACGAGGAAAAGGAGAACUACUACUCGGAGCUGAAGACUGCUGCUGAGUCUGGCUGGGACUUUUCCAGUCGUUGGUUCAUACUCGACGGCACGAACAAAGGUAACCUGACGAACUUGAAAACGAGAUCCAUUAUCCCCGUCGAUCUGAACUCGAUCAUAUAUCGAAAUGCGCAGCUGCUGGCGCACUACAGCCAGAUGCUGGGGAACGAAUCCAAGGCCGCGUAUUACAAGAAGAGGGCCGACGAGUGGAUGAAGGCGGUGACGGCCGUGCUGUGGCACGACGAGGUCGGCGCCUGGCUCGACUACGACAUCAUGAACGACAUCAAGAGGGAUUACUUCUACCCUACGAACAUAUUGCCGCUCUGGACCCAUUGCUACGAUCCCAGCAAAAGGCAGGACUACGUGUCCAAGGUGCUCAAGUAUCUGGAGAAGAGUCAGAUCAUGUUGAACGUCGGAGGCAUACCCACCACCUACGAGCACUCUGGUGAACAGUGGGACUACCCUAACGCGUGGCCUCCGUUGCAAUACUUCGUCAUCAUGUCGCUAGACAAUACCGAAGAUCCCUGGGCUGAGAGGCUAGCCUACGAGAUCAGUCAGAGAUGGGUCCGCAGCAACUACAAGGCGUUCAACGAGACCCAAGCCAUGUUCGAGAAGUACGAUGCGACUGUGUCGGGUGGUUACGGAGGCGGAGGCGAGUACGAGGUGCAACUCGGGUUCGGAUGGUCAAACGGGCUGAUCAUGGACUUGUUGAACAAGUAUGGCGACAGGUUGACGGCCGAGGAUCAGUUCGUGCAAGGGAACGUGAUCGAGAAAUCCUUGUUACCGCCGCCAGUCGUCGUAUCGACGGCUGGACAGGUGAUGACUGGCAUUCUAGCUCUCAUUAUAUCGAUUGCCGCAGGAUUCAUAGGGAUGGUGGUGUACAAGAGGCGGCACUACUACGUGCCCGGGCCAUCGACGAUGCCGAACAAGAGGAAAAUCAUAACGCCUACCAGCAACCUCUACCGAAAGGGGAUCGCCUACACCGAGCUAAGGGACAUGAACAACGAUUGACGAUCGCUGGUGAGCUAGAGAAACCGAUUCGUAAACCGACUCUGAUGCGAAUAGAGCACGUGAACUUGGUUAGAGCAAGGAAGCAAAUAGGAACGAGGAAGCUAAACGACGUCAGGACGCCUGACUGUCCGAACGCUGUACAACCUCGAGUGCUGACGUAACUGAAUACAGGAGGUGUACAAGGUGACAAAUAGAAAAAAGAAACGCUCUCGAUCCAGCUCUUCGAAGGCUAGAGAGCUUUUUCGAGAGCUCGCGCUAUCCUCCUCGAAGUUAGCUCGAGGAGGACGCGUUAACGUAGAUGGCGUCACUGCACGCGCGAAACACUGAAGUAUACCGAUACGAAGCUAUACUGUACAAUAAAAGUAUUAGUGUAAUUCAGUGCCACGAACCCUCGGCGCAUCGAGUCGACUGAGAAGAAAAGUUCCUGACGAGCUGCGUUUCCGUUUCUUAGGGUACAAAAUGUAAGAAAUCUGUGGGGGCUACGAUCAUCGUUCAGUUCGGUCAUUAAGCUGUCUUUUUCCUGACGAAGAAUAUCUUUAGUCUACCAAGAUAAAGUUGUAACGUUUUGCACUCCAGUGGCGUAUCGCUCAUUUUAACGCUAAACCUACCAACAUUUCAUUUGUACCUGCUUCUACUAUUAGGGGUGCGCGGGAUCCCGGUCGGGGCGGGAAUUCCUUUCAGGAUUCGGGAUGUAAUCCCGAGAAUUUCAAAAUCCCGAAUACAUCCGGGAUUCCCGUGAAUUUCGAGGUCCCGUAAAUGUUCGGGAUUUCCGGGAAUUUCGAGAUCCCGUACAUUCGGAUUGCUGAAAUUUUCAAGAAUAAUAACACUUUCGGAAAUCCCAGAUAUUAUUCUACGUCCCGUACAUUGUCGGGAAUCCCGGAUUUUUGCGGGAUCUCGGGAAUCCCGAAUCAACUCGGGAUCCCGCAUAAACUCGAGAAUCCCGAAUAUUCUCGGCAAUCCCGAAUAUUUUUGGGAAUCCCGCACACCCCUGUCUACUAUACUAUGGUCCCGAAGAAACUGUAAUCAAUUAAACGCAAACAUAUUUCACACUGUAUAUAACAAACUGCAUGAGAGUUUGAAAACAAUCAUUCGACCAAGCACGAUAGGUCUAGUAUUAAAAGGAAUUCUCGAAGUGCAAUGCGUUAACUACAAUCCCUAUGUAUCGAAAGGAUUCUUUGGAUCGGUGAAAUAAAUGAAAGAGCUCCCUUCGCUGCUCGAUGUACAAAGUUUGCGCGCAAAUAUAAAUAGAAAAACGGACAAUAAAGUAAUCGAAAGUGACGGGCAUCGAUGGAUAUUGGCGCGGAAGAGACUGCGCAUGCGCAGAUGAUCCGAACGUGCCCCGCAGGAUUUGAGCGGCCAUCGACAAGCAGGAUCGAACGAUCGCUACGUUUCACGUACAUUGUUUAUAGGUGAGUUUAGACAAUUAAUAAUCGAAUCACGAUACCAUAGGUAGAAUUAACGAUAUUGUAUAUUUCCUGAUAUUUUUGUAAGGGAAUCCAUUCACUUUAAGCGCUUAGAGACCGACGACUCGUGUUCGUAUUUUAUUGUUAUUUCGAACGUAACGCGGCACAGUCGACGAUCAUAGUAGCGCUCUCUCACUUUCACUCUGCGUAUUUCCUAUUGCGUUUGCCAUUUGAUUUUCGACACUCUUUUUAAACGUUUCGAAAUUGCUUGUGUUCGAUCGACAGAGAUGGACAACAUUCUCUUAAUUGUUAAAAUUACAUCACCGAGUGAUUAUUCAAUCGAAUUAAUGCGUGCUUUUAUUCGUCAUCGGUAUAUAGAUGGCGAAUAAAAAUAUCCAAAGCAAUUUCGUACAUCUCUGCCUAUCGACGACCAUUGAGGCUAUUCUACUUAAUGUUUAUCGUUAUGGCAAGCGCACUAUUUCGAUCGUCGACCAGGGCCGUAGAUAUUUUUAUGUCCAAAGCAACAACCUUAUACGGAGGAAAUUUUAUUUAAUAUUGAUUACUGGAAUACAGUGUAACAAAAAUGAUAAUACCCAUUUUCCAAAUGAUAGAUAAAGUGUUAAAGCAGUUAGUUUAAAUCUGACCAAGAGAAUGAUACUUCUUCUGGCCUUGUCACGGCCCUGUCGAUGACCGCCACACGCUGCAGUGAGAAGAAUUCCUGAAUUCCCUUUGUAAAUAGUCUCACUUUUUACGUUUGUUCUCUGUAAAACUGGUCCAUCGACUGUAGUUAGUCAAAGCGACGAUAGAGCCUUUGCACGAGUGCAAAGGUGAAUUAUCGUUUAUAGAUAAAAUGAAAGUAAUGCGUACUCUGUGCAGCAUUCUGUAGAAACAAUUAACUGCUACUAAUGCUAAUUAUUAUUAUAAUUGUCGUUUUAAUGAUUUUGAAUACGAGAAAUAUCGUCGAGCUAGUUUUAUUUUAAAAAACUUGAAUGCGUGACAGAUAUUUCUUUGGAUAUUAUGUAUAGAGUUUAUGUCGCUGCAAAACGAUUCGCUGGCGAAGGUUCCGUUUGAAGGGUGCGAGAUGUGUAAUUAUGCCGAAUUAUGUAAUCUUCAUUAACAAAAUGUAUCUUGCAGAAAGCAAGUGACGUCAUCUACGCUGGAUACAACAGUGUCUUGAAAUACGAAGCUGCCUUUGAACGUGCAGGAUACUUUCCGCUAGGGAUGUUCGAUUUUUGUAGAAAAAUCGAUUCUGAGAUACGUUUUUGUUCGAAAUGACUAGAAUUGAUUCGCUAAAAAAUUAAUUGCGACACCAUCGACAAGAUUUAUUCAAAAAAUUAUACCCACUAACUAUAGUAUGUCACAUACAGUGGGUGUAGAAUGUAUUCGUACACCGAUCAAUUUCCCCAAAAACUUUUGUGUGAAAUUGUAGUUUCUUAACUUCCUUUUUUAUAAUCAAUUAUAUUUUGAAAUUCUCGGAAGUCUCUAAGAUGGAUAUAGUCCAAACAACAUCUACUAGUUAAUAUAAUUUGUGAAAUUAACAAAACAAAUGUGAAAAGUGGGUAAAAGUAUAGAAGCAAUAAGUAUUUGCACGAUUCUUAUAACGAACCAUUUUCAGUAGAGUUUGUAACAUAAACACAUUAGUUUAUUGCUCCGUACGAAUUAGAAAACAUCAUAUUUCCAGUAAAGUACUUUUAAAAAUGGCUCUAAUAGAGGAAUUGAAGAACAUCCCACUUCUUAUCAACUUCUAACUAAUAAUUUAGUUAAUUUAAUGCUUAGAAGAGUUACAAUAAAUAUAAAAUCAAAAGGAAAUCCCACGAAGGAAGUACUGUAUAUUUGUAAAUUAAUGUAAAUUUCUUUUGUUUUUAAUCAAGUUUUAAAAAUUAAACAGUCGUGCGAAUUGCUUCGACAUUUCUAUCGAUUAAUUGUUUUUUUCUUGUUAAUUUCGCAACUUACAUAAAUAGCUAUUUUUGUUUGUAAUCUAUCUAUUCUAGAGAUUUCCGAGAAUAUGUAGAAUGUCAUUGUUUAUAAAAAAAUAAGUUAAUAAAUUAUAAUUUUACAUAGUUUGUUUGGAAAUUGAUCUGUGUACGAAUACUUUCUACAUCCACUGUAUAAAUCAUUGAAUUACACUUGUACAUUUAUAUUUAAAACACCGCAAAGAAAAAAGUAAUCAGUCUAUUAAUCAUUCAGCAAAAUAUUAAUUUUUGUUGGGCAAAGAGAACGCAAUCCAUGCUUCACGAGAAACUGAAAGAAUAGAGAAUCGAUCUUCAAAAAGAAAAUAAAUUCGUGUCAGAAUCGAACAUGUUAGAAUCCAUUUAAAAAAUCGAUGAUUGUCGUAAGAUCAUCGAGACUCGGAAUCAAACAUCCCUAUUUUCGGUGUAUUCGUUCUAGCGUGUUUGUAGUAAUAAUUGCAUAGUUGGAAAGAAGAGGUAUGUGUGCGUGCAUGGCGUCGUGUGUUAGGUUCGUAGCGUAUAUGUGUGGCGUAUAUAUGUAGUGUGGGUUGUGUGGGGCGCGUGCAUGCACUUGCUCGCAAGUGAAAGACGAAUAAAUUAUCACCAUUUUUAAGAAACCCUAAGGGUGCUUGAUUGACGGAGGAUUGGAGGAAUCAUUUUCGCGUCGUGCAUUUACCGUUCCAACUACUGUUUCUAAGCAACGACAGAGAAACGAUGAUACCCGUGUAUUAUUUACCACCGUUCCUCUAUUUAUUUAUUUUACGUCAUUCGUCAUUAUAAAUACCACUGCGCAUGUUUCGCCAUUAUGUUAAAUCCCGAGGGAAGAAAGAAUGACACGUUUGCAUGCUACUUUGCGUGAUGAUACACGCAAAGACCGAUAUAUAUUUUGAUCUAAUCGCGACGAGGACCGAACGAGAAUCGUUAGACGACACACACACACACACACACACUAUAAAUUGUAUGAUACUUUGAUUAUUGUGAUACUUGAAAAUAAGUAGGUACGUUCGUGUCGUA